GAGAGAGAGAGAGAGAGAGAGAGUUUCUUUUUAAACACCACUCAGUGAGAGGUGGUCAUUGGUGCUUGAGGGCGAGCUGAUCACCCCAGAGUUUUUUUUGUCCUCCUGUACCAGAAGUUGCCUCCGCUCACGCGCAAACUUUUCCCCUUCUCACCACAAGUAUGGAUGUGUUUUAUCCAUGUUUUCAGGACUUCAAACGCUGAACCGACCUGGUUCCUUCAGUACUCAUUUCAGUCCCAUAUUCUGGCUCACAGUUUUCCGGGGGAAAAAAGAAAUAUUUGUCUCUCUUUAUAGCCUUGGUGUAGCUUAUUGUUUUGUUUAAGCUUGACGCGGCUGUGUGCGUGCGCUCAGUGUGUCCGGUGUAUGUUCACUCCACGGGACUAAGCGCUGUCGGAAGGUGCGAUGAGGCUGCUCGCUUGGAGUUUGCUAAUCCUGAACCAGUGGAUUCUGCGAAAGGUUCAUGGCCUGGAAAAGCAGGUUGGGAAAUCUUUGGAUUACCUGGAACUAGGCCCAGCAGGGUCUGUCCUGAAGCCCCUUCCCUAUGGUGGAACUGGAGGAGGGGGCAUAGGGGCAGGUGGAGGAGUUAAACCCCCAUUUCAGACCUCCAGGAUAUUCUCCUCUAUGGACCACACACCUAUGAAAACCAAGCCUCCUAUAUUUGGUUUACCAAACCCAUAUGAUUGGGCCAGGAACCAGUCGCAGCUCCUGGACCAGACAGGCUACCACGCCAAGCGUAAACCUCCCCACAAAACUGCCAUGAAGACCAAGAAGAUCUUUGGCUGGGGCGACUUCUACUUCAACGUCAAGACUGUGAAGUUCAACCUGCUAGUGACAGGCAAGAUUGUGGACCACGUCAACGGCACAUUCACCGUCUACUUCCGCCACAACUCGUCCAGCCUCGGCAACGUGUCUGUCAGCAUCGUCCCGCCAUCGAAGGUAGUGGAGUUCGAGGUGGUUCAGCAGCAGCAGAGUACCCUCCAUCAGCCAGAGAUCCAGUUUCACCAGCCUCAUCAGUCCACCAUCGAUCCCAAAGACAUCAAGACCUUCAACUGUCGUGUAGAGUAUGAGAAGACCAACCGUUCUAAGAAGCCCAAACCGUGUCUGUACGACCCAUCUCAGACCUGCUUCACCGAGCACACCCAAUCCAACGCCGCCUGGCUCUGUGCCAAGCCCUUCAAAGUCAUCUGCAUCUUCAUCUCCUUUUUCAGCAUCGACUACAAGCUUGUGCAGAAGGUCUGUCCAGACUACAAUUUUCAGAGCGAACAACCUUACUUUGGAUGAAGAGUACCAAAGUGAAUGAAACCAAGUAGAGGAUGACCAGCAUAUGGGAUGUUGUUAUGUGUCGUGUGUCUCUUCUGCUUUCUUAAGGUUAUACGGAUCCCAUAAGAAAUGGUCAACAUGGUGGACAGUGAGUUUUUACCAGGGUGCUGAGGAGAGGUUUUUGUUCCAGGUUUUCUUUGUAUAUAUUGUGAACAAACCCAACUCAGUUAAGCUAAAUUCAACGAAUAUUUAUUUCUUGUUACAUCUGUUUUUUUUGUUGAAUUUUGUCUGUUUGACUGUUAGAAAUUUGGAACGAAUGAAAGAUACAAAGUGAAUUUUGUAUUGUUCCUUUAUAUGACCCUGAGCUCUCAGAAAUGUCAUGAGGAUGAUAUUAAGGAACAUUGCACUGAUUGUAACAGAUUCAGUAACUGGAACAUGACCCAGUGAUAUUAUAUUGUGCACCCACAAUUACAGCAGCUUAUCAUCACACCAGGGUGUAUUUUACUCUGCCAAACCUACAGUGUAAAGAAAGACACAAAGCAGCCAUAGAUACUCUUCAUCAGGAAGGUUUUCAGCUGUCAUUUGGACAUCUGGCACACAUUCAGCACAGCAUAUGCACCCAGAAAUAUAGGUAUAUGCCCAAAAUUUUAGAUUCUAGUCUAUUAAUGAAAGCCAGGGCAUUCCUGUUAUUCCCGAUAUUUAAACAAUUCUAAUACUUCAUGAUAUAUAUCUUGUUUUCGAUUCUCCUGUUAUCUAAAUAGAAGAACUGUAGAAGAAGGAUUCCAGCCAGUUGUUUAAAUGAAUUGUGCAUUAUGAGAAGAUAUGGGUGAUUAAAGCUGCUACUCUAAAUCUUUAAAAAUGUAUAUGCAUUAGUACAGACUCUGUGCCCUUAUCCACCCUAUAGAUAACCAGUGGAUGAGUGAAAAGUAAUGUAUGUAACGAAAGAGAUCACCUUUAACAUGUGUCUAGUGGAAGAACCAAUUAAAUAUAACUUUAAAUAUUAUUUUUCUAUACUCUGGCUUAAUUUUGACCAGAUGCAAAUUAUAUGGGUGUUACUGAGUUGCUGACACAUAAAAAAAAUGGUAUAGUCCCAUCUCAUCUUACUCCUUUCCUUUGAUUCCUUUUUUUAUUUGCACAGUAAAGCACCAAAAGAUAUUCUCUUCAUUUCUGGACAACCGAUUAGUCUGUGAAACAAGGAGGCUAAAGAAGAACUGAAAUCGCAGGUCUGUGAAUAAAGUAUUGCUUGAUGAUGUGUAUAUUUGACAUUGAAAAAAAAAAAUAUUGUGUGUAAAUAAUCUAUCACAAAAAUAAAUAAUUAGAUCUGG